GCUUUCAACGCCCUUCCAGCUGUCCAACGUUCCUUGUACUCCAAUUUUCUGGUAGAGCGUCGCGGGUAGCUGGCGUUUCCUUGCACUCAACUCCUCCUGUAUCCAUACUUGCAUAAACAAAAGCAGUUUUAAUCAGCUGUUCAAUCCUCCCAUCUGUGCUGAGUACACGCAAAAAUGCCCGAAGAUGAUUUCGAUAUCUAUGGCGAAGAUGAUGGCUUCAGCACUAAGGUCGACGAGUCCCUCGGGUAUGAUGAAAUUGCCCAACAAGAGGCUGAAGCAGAACCUCACUCGCCUGUGGUAGGGGAGAAACGACAGCGCGAGGAAGACGAAAACGAAGAACAACACCGUGAGCAGUCCAACGGCGCUAAGGAACACUCGCAAGAGCCACAGCCUGUGCCUUCCUCGAUGCAAAGCCCUAGUGGUGGAACCAAUGGCAGCUAUGGUACACCACUGGCGAAUGCCGCGAUGGGCACGCCGGGAGGCGGCGCAGGGAACCCGAACUAUGACGCCCUGUAUAUUGGCGACCUCCAAUGGUGGACAACCGAUGAGGACUUGCGCCAAGUGGCGGCGAAACUGAACGUCAACCUCGACCAUAAGGACAUCACCUUCUCCGAGCACAAGGUGAACGGGAAAAGCAAAGGCAUUGCGUAUGUUGAGUGUCGUGGCCAUGAAAACGCGACAACACUGAAGAACUGGUUCGACAACAACGACUUCCAGAACCGAAAGGCAUCUGCCUCAUUCACAAGCUCAUCACAAGGCAAUCCCUUUAGGACACUCCCUAAGGAGCCUCCUCCGCGUGAGAUGCGGCAUGCGGGCGGCGCCCAGGGCGCCACGAACCAACCCACUCGCGGCGGGGGCGGCUUCCGUGGUGGCAUGGGCCACAACAUGCCCGCCAGUAACAACAUGGGCAUGGGCAUGAACAUGCGCGGCGGUGGCGGCGGCAUGAUGGGCGGCGGCAUGAUACGUGGCGGCAUGACCAACAUGAUGGGUGGCAUGGGUGGCAUGGGUAUGGGCAUGGGUAUGGGCAUGGGCAUGGGCAUGGGCGUAGGUGGUAUGCCUAAUACUGGUAUGGGUGGCGGAGGUUUCGCGGGGCGCGGGGGCAUGAUCCCACAGGGCCCGCGCGGAGGCAUGGGCGGCGGCUUCGGGGGCAAUAGGGGCGGCAUGAUGGGUGGCAUGGGCGGCAUGGGCAAUAUUAUGCCAAUGGGAGGCCGUGGAGGCUUCAACAGUGUGCAGGGACACUUCAACCCCGCGUUCAUGCAGAAUGGCAUGCAAGGCGGUGGGCAGUUUGGGCCCGACGGCCCAAGGAAGCGGUUCAAGAUGGACGACAGCGGGUAACCGGCCGUCUGCUCUCAUCGCUCCGUCCCGAUAUAUUGUCCUCUGCGAGACUCCAAGGACGCAUAGCAUUCCUGUAAUUGAGCCAUCGAUAAUUUCAUCGCUGUAGCAUUCUUCUGGUCUUCUCAUUUUCCUGUAAUGAAUACCUGUUCUAUCU